AUGGAUUUCACGGGGCAGUACGCCUUUGCUUCGGCGCCGCCCUACUCGUCUUUUGCGCCCAUCCCGCCUCUCACGCCGGGCCAGUCGGGACCAUCCGACGAGUACACUCACACAACGCCCGACUCCUUCGAGGCCAUCCCCGCCGCUGAGCCCUUCCAUGCCUUCAACAUCCCAAACGGCUUCGCCGGCAAUGGCCAUCAUGGCUUCGUCGGGCCCCCGACCCCGCCGAACCAGAAUGGCGUCAACCCGGGCUACCCCCAGCAUCAACAACACCAACAACAACACCAGCCUCUGGCCCAUCAGCGCCAGCCCGCUCUCUCGAGGAGCGUCAGCUCAAACGGGACCAUGCCCGGCCCCAAGAGCGACAUCGGCGCCGACGACUCGGGCGGGGCGCGUGGUGGCAGCGAGGACGACGAUAACCUGACGCCCGCCCAGUCGAGGAGAAAAGCCCAGAACCGAGCUGCCCAGCGAGCGUUCCGCGAGAGAAAGGAAAAGCACGUCAAGGACCUCGAGACCAAGCUGGCCAGCCUCGAGGCCGCCCAGCAAGAGGCCUCGGUCGAGAAUGAGCGCCUCAAGCGCGACCUGCAGAAAAUGUCCACAGAGAACGAGAUUCUGCGCGCCACCUCGUCCAUGGGGGCCGGCCACGGCGGCCAGCCGAGCUCCCACCACCACUCCCCCUCGCCGCCCAUCACCACGGCCCCGAUGAGGUACAACCCCACCGACUUCUACUCCAACGUGCUCCAGAACCACGCCAACAAGCACCCCUCGCACCGCAUCACCACGUCGGACCAGGGCGAGCGCCUGCUCGCCGCCGGCGCGACGUGGGACUACAUCAUCGCCACCGACCUCUUCAAGCGCGGCCUCGUCGACGUGGGCGGCGUCAGCGAGCAUCUCAAGGACUGUGCCCGCUGCGACGGCCAGGGCCCCGUCUUUGCCGAGUCGGAUAUCCUCCGCGCCAUUGAGCAUAGCGUCGCGAGCGGCUCCGACGACUUGUUAUAG